AUGCACCGCCGACUCCGCGCCGCGCCGUUUCUCCCACUGCUGCUGCUGCUGCUCGUGAUGCACUGCGCCAGUGGGUGCCGCGCCGCUGCACACCGCCGGGUGUUCGACGAUACGGUGCCGAAGAGGGGCCGGCCGCCGGCUGCGGUGGUGCGUGAGGUGCCGCGGAGGGGGCAGGGUGCGGCGCAGGCGUACACCGUCGCAACGGCAGCGGCGGCAGAAGGAACGAGCAGCGAGGGCUGGGCGCCCAUCCGCAUCGAGGUGUCCACGGAGGACCUGGAGGAGAAAACACAGAAGUUGGGGAUGAAGAGGUACUGCGCUGCUGAUGGGGUCCAGUGCAUGAACUACUUGGGGGAAACGAUAACUUGCAAAGCCGAUCAUGUACUGACGGGGCAAAAGAGGAGUUGUAUACGACGAAGAUUAUUCCCGGGGCGUCAAGCUGCACGCGGAGCGACUUCUCGUGCAGCCAGUGGCUGA